AUGCUCUAUUCUCACUCAGACUGGAAUUCUGACGAUGAAUUUUAUAAAUUCACGCGUAGUCGCUUUCUUGUAGACGAGGCGGAAAACCUUCGAAGGCGAGAGAUCAAAUUCGACUUGAAUAGGCUCGCAAGUGUUGCGGCGGACUCGAUCGGCGCUGCUCAAUGCAUUUCCAUCAUCAAGUACCCCGACGGUAUGUUCAACAAAACAUUCCUUAUGACGAUGGAAGAUGGCCGAGAAGUCGUAGCUAAGGUGCCUAACCCUAAUGCUGGUGUUCCCCACUUUACCAUGACCAGUGAAUUUUCCACGACGGACUUCGUAGGUUUAUUUGAAACUCGGUCGACGCCAAAUCUUGCUAAUGCGACUGGAUUGGGGGGCUCGCAAAAAUCCUCAACACACCAGCACGUCAUGUCCAGCUUGUACUACGCUAGAGACGUGCAGUUCCCAGCAGGCAACCACUAUGUCAAGGAUGGCAUGGCCGUCAAAGAUUCAGAGUUUGCUAUUGGCCCCGCUACUGGUCGGGAUUGGUUUGAUGCGGGCAGAUCAAUUUUGGAUAUUGAAAGAAGACCAUGGGCUUCUCCAACGCAGUACCUGCAAGCCGUCGGAACGCGGGAGAUCAAAGCAAUCCAAUUUCUGAAACCACCCAAACAGACUGCCUUAUUCUGUGGCCCAAAGCUCCACCAACCGGACGCAGAAAAGAAGCUUACCGCGUUAGCAUGGUACCAAAAGAUCGUCGAUGCCAUUAUCCCAAAGGACACCUCCAUUACCAACCCAUAUCUCUGGCAUGAUGAUUUGCAUGAUGACAACAUCUUCGUAGACCCAGACAACCCUGAAAGGAUUACGGGUAUCAUUGACUGGCAGCCUUGCCGCAUCUCACCCCUCAUCAGCUAUAACCCCAAUCCAGCUUUCCUCGACUGGGAUGGCCUUGAGCCAGAAACGCUCGAUCUAGCACCAAGACCGACACUCGCUAGGCUUUCCCCCGACGAACGGUCCGCGGCUAUGCACGAGUAUACAGUUCAAAAUAUGUUCAUUGGAUGGCGAAAUCUCAUGCGUGCUAAGAAUCCAGACUUAUAUCGGGUAGUCGAAUUCCGAAAGACGGCAGCGUUCGGACUGAUAUUUCUCGCCCACCGCAUGUUCGAAUACGGUGAACCGCACUUCCUAUCGCUUCUAGUCGAUUUGAAGGACAUGUGGGCGGACUUACCCGGCGUCAUUAGCGACAUUCCAUUCCCAUUUGAGUUUUCGGAAACGGACUUGGAGCGCAUCAAGCUGGACUGCGAUAAAAGUACGGAGUAA